UAGGAGAAUUCCUCCUCACUGUCCGCUGUUGGCAGGAUGUUGCCGUCCGUGAAGCGGCUGGAGAGCACCGCCAUAUCUGUGGCUGUGAUCCCGGAGAACCCGCAGUGUCCUGCGGUAGCGGACAUCCGCAAAGCAGAGCUCUCACCCGGAGGAUCUCUGGUUUGCUGUCUGCUGGAGCCCCGGGGCCAGCUGCUCCUGUGGGACGCUGCGGACAGAGAGACUCCAGCGGCGGCGGUGGAUGGAAGCUGUUCAGAUUUUUCCUGGGAGGAGUACUCCGGGGUCCCUGAUCUCAGUGGUGGAUCCAGGCCCAGACUGGUGGCUGUGGGGUCUGGGUGUGACCUGAAGCUGCUGGAGGUUGAAGCAGAGCGGUCAGUGUCCAUCUCUGUCCUCUGUGUCUCUGACUGUCCUGCAGACCACCUGUUGAAGACCGUCAGGCAGCAGGACCACAGCGUGUCCCAGCUGAGGUCACUGCGUUUGUUGUCAUUUGUCACCGGCCGUUGCUUUGUGCUGCUGAACGACCAUUGGCUGCUGCAGCUGCACUGGCAGUGUCAGGAGGCGGAGCCUCAGAUUCUAACCUGCUGCAGCAUCAAACAGCCGACACCCGAAGGAGGCGACGACGCAGCCGUCCACCAGUGUGUGUGCGGAGGAGCAGCGUUCGUCCUCAGCUCCUCUGGACUCAUCUCUGUGUGUGACAUCACUGACGGUCGUCUGUUGGCCAGAGUGGACCUUCCUGCUUAUCUGAGCUCCAGCCUGGACGAGGACGACUUCAUGGUCUCCUGCUGUUCUUCUUCUCCCCCUGAGACGUGGUCGUCCUUCUGCCUCCUGCAGGUGUCAGCUGACCUCAGCACGGCGGUGGCCGUCACUCAGACCCACGCUGCCGUGGCUGUGGAUCUGGACGAGUACUUCAGGACCUUUCCAGACCACCUGCUCUGCGCUGCUCUCCCUGCCCGACCGGCUCCAGGACCACAGUACCCUGGAGACCAGGACGCUGAGUCCAACUCCACACACGUUGUUACCAACCUGGGCUUCACCUUCAGCACUGAGCGCUCCUGGGAGGCUCGUCUCUCCUCCCUCCACAGCAGAGCUCUGCAGACUCCCUCCUGCUCCUCUUCCUCCUCCUCCCGGCCGUCCAGACCUUCCUGGUCCUCCUCCCUCCCUCACCUGGACUCCCACCUGACUCGGCCCUGGAGUCACAGCAUGGUUCCCUGUGGAGGAGCGUCGGUCUCCUUCCCGGUCCCUGAGUCCUCCAGACCCGCUCUGCUCUCUGUCUCCGGGUUUUCAGCUGUGCUGACCUUCGUCUGCCCCAGGAACCAGCGGACCACAGUGGCAUGCUGGGAUUGGCAGCAGGACAGUGUGAGUGUCCACCAGGGGGACGGAGAAGCUGCUCCUCUGCUGAGAUGUGGAGAGAGACAGCACAGACUGCUGCUCCAGAAGGAUGGCGUUGUCCAGGUCCUGUUUUCAGUGUCCCAGCAGGACCUGCUCAGCAAAUUAAUGCUGUUUGGCAGUGCAGCCACAGUGGAUGCAGUGUGUCACCUGAACAGCUGGGGGCGCUGCUCCAUCCCCAUCCAUUCUCUGCAGGCUGGACUGAAGAACCGUCAGUUGGACACAGUGGACUUCUACCUGAAAAGCAAAGAGAACGUUCUUGAUGAGUCGACGGCAGAUCAGAGUCUGACAGAGAGUGUCCAGCUCCUGUGUCCAGCCCUGGACCUCCUGUGUUCCUCGGUCAGAGAGUCCAACAGUGAAGCUCAGAGUCGUCAGUUCUCAGAACAGCUGCUCAGCAUCACCCUCAACUUUGUCAACACACAGAUCCGAACUGUUCUGUCCAGCACAUGCUAUGAGGACCCAGAUGUCCACAGCUGUGUGGACGUUCUGCACCGUUACCUGACUGAGCUGAGGAGCUACAUGAAGAAGUUUCCCUGGCCAGCAGGGGGCAGCACCUGCACCACUGAUUCCUCUACUCAACAAAGAAAGGAGGAUCAGCAGGACGAAUGGGAGCGCCUCCCGAUGGAGGAAGUGGUUCGUCAAUCCAUCCUGACCAAUCAGAUCCCCAGAGCUCAAGCAGUGCUGAGGAGGCGGGGCCUACCAGAGCAGCGUCUGUCGUCCCUGAGGACGGAGGGUCUGCGGCAGGUCUUUUCCUGCCUGCAGCAGCAGGACCUGAGCACGGCGACCACUCUGUUGGUCAACAUGGGUUUUAAUGUCAAGGAUCAACUUCACAGACUGUGUCUCUACACUGACGACCGACACCUGAGGGAGUUAGUGGUGGAAGAGUUGAGGAGGAGGAGUUAUUUUUCCGAAGAAGAGCUACAGAAGGUGGAGUUCAUCAGGCAGGUGGAGAAGCUGGGCUCUCUACCAACGCCCCCCCGACGCCCGGCUAACUUUACACCCAGAGGAAGUGUUCAAAUGUUGGGAAGGGAGACAGGAGUGGGUGAGGAGGUGCUGGAGGAGCUGCUCUCCUCUAGGAGGUCUGGAGAGGAGGCACGGCUCUGGACGAACCUUCGACUGGACUGGGUGAGGAACUGGGACCAAAGCUGCCAGAGCGCCGUCCUGCUGUCCAGACUGGAGCACACAGAACUUGGUUCCCGUGACCCGGUCGUGUUGUGGCGUCACCUGACCUCCAUCCAUGACCAACACCACAUAGUGAGGUGGAUCCAGGACCAGGAAACUGCCUGCGCUGCCUCCCAGUGGCCAGAGUUGGUUCCAGAGCUUGUGAACAACAACACACUGUGCAGUGUCUACAUGAAGGAGAAGAUUCUGGACCUGCUGGCCCGGAGAGGCCUGUUCAUCCCAGACGAGCUGGAGGAUCUGCAGAGGCUUCUGUGGAGACUGGCUCAGGGUGGGGGGGUGAUGGCAACUGCUCCUUCUCUUCCUCGUUACCGAUCCUCACAGGGACUUGACCUUCAUGCCCUCUUCAUCACCUUCUGUCUGGACCACGGCCUGCAGUAUCUGCUGUACACCUACCUGCAGCACCACAGGCUGACGCCCAGGAACUGCCCCCCACUGAGCAGUCAGAGCCUGUCUGAGAGUCAGCCCUGGUUUGAGAUGAUGGUGAAGAUCCAGGAGAUCACCAGAGACCUGACAGACCCGGCGCUGAUCUUCCAGGCCAGUCUAACCAGUGCUCAGGUUCUGUUGCCAGGCAGCCAGGCGUCUCUCAGCAGUCUUCUGUUGGAGGGUCAUAGUUUAUUGGCUCUUGCCGCUGUCAUGUUUGCCCCCGGGGGAAUUGACCAGGUGGUGCUGCAGGGUGAAAGUUCCAGCAAGUCAGAGAGAACAGUUGACCCUCAGCUCCUGAAGAUGGCGCUAGCACCACACUCCAAGCUGAAGGCUGCUCUGUUUCCCACCACCCCCCGAGGACAUGGCGUGUCCUCAGACAUUUCCAUCUACCACCUGCUGCAGUCUCUCCAUCCUCUGGAUCCUUCCAGACUGUUUGGUUGGCAGACAGCGAACACCAUCAGCUCCACAGAGACAUCUGAGCUUCCUCAUUUCUCCAGCCCUCAACUGGUCCAAAUGUUCGCUCUGGUGGAGAACUUGGACUUCCUUUACUACCUGCGUCACGGCCGGCCAUCCUUCGCCUAUGCCACUUUUCUAGUUCAGCAGCUGAACAACGAUUGUGACCGGACCCUGAUAUGCCAGCAGGCCCAGCAGGGGGCGUACAGGUUGGCUCUGCAGAAUUUCCAUGUGGCAUCAGUUACAUCUGCAGCUGUGUGUUUCUGUGAGCUGUUGGGAGUCUGCAGUUUGAAACUGAGAGUCGAUGUCAGAGCCAUGAACACAGUCCUGAACCACUGGAACCAACACAGCUCCCACUCUGAUCCACUUCACAGACUGCAGACCCUGGGACAGAAACUGGUGGAGGCGGAGCCUGGAGCAGCAGCAGAGCUGAUUGGUUGGCUGGAAGCAGCAGUGUCAGAAAGCGUGGAGCAGAAAGGCCUCGUCAGGUCGUCUUAUGAAGCGUCCCAGGAGUGGACCGUACCAGUCCAGUUCUGUCAGCUCCACAGUCUGGACCUCAGCUCUGUUUACCCCGCCCACUGUGCUCAGGAUGGACACUACAUCCAUUUCCUGUUGUUUGUCCAGCUCCACAGUUUCCCUCCUCAGCAGGUCAGGAAACUGGCAGCUGGCUUUGGCCCCGCCCUCCAGGCCCACCUGAGCCUGGUGUUUCAGGACCUUCAUGUCCGUCCUCAGGCCCAGAGAGCUGGGGACAGUGGCUCGGAGGACCCGGAGUGUCUGAGCACAGCAAAGGCUUCUGGGAGUGGGGACCAGCCCCGGGAACUGUUCCAGGUCCUCCUGCAGAGCCAGGAUCAGGGGGCUCCCUGCAGGUUCCUGCGGAGGCAGUCGCUGCUGCAACGCUGCCCCACGCUGGCCGUGAUCGCCGCAUGUCCACAGGGGGCGGAGCCACUGGCCUGCCUCUGUGUGUGGGUGUUGACUUCCGUCGAUGAUGUCACAGCAGGUGAAGCAACGACUCAUCUUAUAGAACCCGCCCAGCACACUGAGUGGACACUGCAGGACCUGUCAAUCAUCUGGAAGACACUGCUGGGGCGGGGCCAGGUCAGACCCCUCCUCCAAGGAUUCCAGCUCUUUCUGAAGGACUGCCCCCUGGUGUUGAUGCUCAGCAUGUUUGACCUGUGCUGUGACUACAGGAACUUCUCUGAGGCCAAAGAGAAGCUUCUGGAUUUUCAGAGGACGCUCAUCACUCUAAGGACCAGUGGUUCCGUCUCCUCCACCCUCCUCCCACUCCCGUGGGUGGAGGCCCAGGCCUCUGUGCUGCUCCUCACCUUGCUGGAGCGCUGCUCCUCCAGGUACGACCUCCACCACCUGCUGCAGCUGCUGGCUGACGUGGACGUGCUCUUCAAAUCUAACGGUCCAGACUUCAGGAUGCUGAGUCAGCUCAGUCAGCUGCUCCAGGACUCCGACCUCACGCUGUCUCCACGCCUGCUGCAGUGCACUUCACCUUCUGUCCAGCAGGAGGAGUUCCAGGCUACUGUGGAUGCCCUGCAGGCCAGGGGGCGCUACACUCAGGCGAGACAGGUGGCUGAACUGGCUGGACUUCCUGUCCACCACCUGCUGCUGGGCCAGCUCCUCCAGGAGGUGAACUCCUUCAGGUCCAAGCCCCAGUGGAGGAGGCUGGAGACCAGAGUCUCCUUCUGGAAGAAAUGUCAGGAGCAACUGAAGGAGGACGGACCACAGCCAGGAUCUGCUGCCCAGUUCUUCCUGUCACAGGCUGAAGGUCCGACCAGGACGGCUGCUGAAGACACGGAGACCAAGCUGCUGGACACCAAGGAACGCUGCCUCCUGCUGGACACCCAGGAACGCUGCCUCCUGCUGGGCCUGGCCGCUCACUGGCUCUCCCUGCUCCACCCACCUCCGGUCCAGGAGCUGCAGAGCCUGGAGGAGAGGCAGUGGAGGAGCCGAGUCCAGCUGCAGCUCCUCACCACCUCCAUGGAGAGGCAGAGUGUGUUCAACCUGCCGGGGUCCAACCUGGGGCCCGACGUGGACGUGUACCGAGCGCUGGUGGAAGAGUUCUCCUUCUCCCACAUCUCAGCUCUCAACACUGACAACUUUCUCAGCACAGAUGGACUUCCUGCUCCUGUAGGGGCGGGUCAGCAGGAUCCCAACGUCCAAUCAGCUUUGACCCCAGAGGAGAGAGAAGUUCUGCUCCUGCUGGUUGGACAGCUGUUGGACCAGGGCAGCGUCCAUGAGGCCAGCCGAGUCUGCAGGUACUUCGGUCUCCACCACCCUGACCUGUGGUUGGUGCUGCGAUGCCGAGGCCUGGCGUCCGGAGAGCUCCGCCCCCAGCCGCAGGACAAGACUGCAGAGGAAGAGCCAAUCAGCAGAGUCCCCAGCUCGGCGUCUUUCGGGAGUCUGUCCCUCUCGAUGCUCUCUCUCCCUGAGGACCAGGUGGUGCUGGAGCUCCAGAGACUGGUGGACCGGUGUCGCCACGGCGCCACCUACUGUAAACAGGUCCUCAGCCUGUACCGGCUCUCUAAGGAGCUGCAGAUCUCCUUCAGUCAGGUGAGCAGUGAGGAGCCGCGCUCCGUCCUGGAGGCUCUGCUCCAGUCAGAACAGCCGGAGCGCUUCAGAAAGGCCCAGGUCUUCAUCAGAGCCCAGGGUCUGAGUCCUGACUGUGUGGCCCAGCUGGUCUGCUCUGCUGUGACCCGCAGCCUGCUGACCCCCAGCCCCACCUCCACCCCCACCACCCAGGAGCUGCAGACUGAGAGACUGGUGUUCAGACCGUCAGAGGGACGGGACUCCCUGAUCCAGCUGAUCAGACUGUGUGAAGACCCAAACCUGGUCGGAGCCAGACUGAUGGAGGAGCUGGGUACAGUCUCCCUGAGAGACCUGAGCUGCAUCGUGGAGUUGCUGAUCGUAGCCCAUGACUGUUUCAGUCUGACCUGUAACAUGGAGGGCAUCGUCAGGGUCCUCCAAGCCGCCCGUCACCUCAGCCACGCCCACCUCGCCCCAGGAGAGCACUACAGCCUAUUGGUGCGUCUGCUGACCGGUGUGGGCAGGUACACUGAGAUGACCUACGUCUUCGACCUGCUCCAUCAGAACCAUCGGUUCGAGAUGCUGCUGAGGAAGAAGGUGGACAUGGACCGAGGACAGAGCUCCAGUCUGAAGACGGCCCUGCUGGACUACAUCAAACGCUGCCUGCCUGCAGACAGCGAGAAGUACAACAUGGUGGCGCUGUGCUUCAGCAUGAGGAGGGAGAUCGGUGAAAACCACGAGAUGGCGGCGAGGACGCAGCUGAAGAUGAUCGAGUCCCAGCCCUGGGUGGUGACUGCUGACCUGAUCAGUUCACUGGUCAAAGUGUUGGCUCUGCUGAAGGACGCCGCAGAGAGUUUCUCCAAGGACUGGUGUGUGCGUCAGGCGACUCGGUGUGUGCGUACGGCGAAGCUGGUGUCUCUGCAGCUUCACUUCCUGAACCAGGGCUCAGACGUACGUGUCAUCAACCUGCGACCAGCCGAGCUGCUGAACGCUGUGGUGCUGACUGUGUGUUGUUACCAGGUCUUUGUGGUGUCGGAGGCGUACAGCUACAGUCCAGACUGGGCGGAGAUCCUCCACCAGAAGGUGGUCCUGAAGGGAGACUUUGUUUUUCUGGAGGAGCUGAGACGCCAUCGCCCGCUGACGUCCAGUCUGUUUGAAGACGUUUUUAAAAAGUUAGACUCCGCCCCGAGCAGCGUGACACCCAACGUGAAGCGUCUGCUGUCGUACUGCGAUGACGUGUACACUCGCUACAGACUGGCCUAUCAGAGGAGUCUGAACGACGUGGCCGAGAACCUGCUGCAGGACGUCAAGACGUCCAACUACCUGAACGACAGACUGAGCAGCUGACCAGGAUUGACAGAGGCAGAUUUACACUGUAC